AUGGGGAAGGAGCAGGAGCUGCUGGAGGCCGCGCGCACCGGGAACCUCCCGGCCGUGGAGAAGCUGCUCUCGGGGAAGCGCCUCAGCUCCAGCUUCGGCGGCUCCGGCGGCGGAGGGGGCGGCGGCGGCUCCGCGGGGGGAGGCGGCGGCGGCGGCGGGAGCGGCGGUGUGGGGCACCCGCUGUCCAGCCUGCUCAGCAUCUGGAGAGGGCCCAACGUGAACUGUGUUGACAGCACUGGAUACACCCCGCUGCACCACGCUGCUCUGAAUGGCCAUAAGGAUGUUGUGGAAGUCCUGCUGAGGAAUGACGCCCUCACCAAUGUGGCAGACUGUAAGGGCUGCUACCCCCUGCACCUGGCAGCCUGGAAGGGAGACGCCGACAUAGUGAAGCUCCUCAUCCACCAGGGCCCUUCGCACACCAAAGUGAAUGAGCAGAAUGCUCUUGAGAUCAAAGAACUCAAAAAGUACGGCCCCUUUGACCCAUAUAUCAAUGCCAAGAACAACGACAACGAGACGGCGCUGCACUGCGCGGCCCAGCACGGCCACACCGAGGUGGUGAAGGUGCUGCUGGAGGAGCUCACCGACCCCACCAUGCGCAACAACAAGUUUGAGACCCCCCUGGACCUGGCUGCGCUCUAUGGGAGGCUGGAGGUUGUCAAGAUGCUCUUGAACGCCCACCCAAACCUUUUAAGCUGCAACACUAAGAAACACACUCCCCUGCACUUGGCAGCCAGGAACGGUCACAAAGCCGUGGUCCACGUCCUCCUGGAUGCUGGCAUGGACAGCAACUACCAGACUGAGAAAGGCAGUGCUUUGCACGAAGCUGCUUUGUUUGGCAAGACAGAUGUGGUACAAAUAUUGCUGGCUGCAGGUAUUGAUGUGAACAUAAAGGAUAACAGAGGCCUGACCGCUCUGGACAUUGUGAGGGAGCUUCCUUCCCAGAAAAGCCAGCAUAUAGCAGCUCUGAUUGAAGAUUACACCAUUGGGAAGAAAAGUGCCAAAGCUGCAGAGAAGUCUUCUCCAGCCCCGCUCGCUCCAGCCACCGAUCCUGCGGGCCGGACAUCUCAGGGAGAUGUGGACAAAGCUGUGACAGAGCUGAUCAUCAAUUUUGAUGUGAACCCCGAAGAGGAGAGCCCGUACGAAGCGUUGUACAACGCGACGUCCUGCCACUCCCUGGACAGCCUGGCCAGCGGGAGAUCGUCCGACCGGGAGUCUGGGAACAAGGACGCUGAACCGACCGGCCCCAAAGCAGCUGCGGUCAGGCCUAGAGAACGUCCCCCGCCGCCGGCCAAGCCCCCGCCCGAUGAAGAGGAGGAGCAGCAUGUGGAGAAGAAGAUAGGUCACAGUGCUCCCUCUGAGGCCUCUGCUGCCUGGGAGAAGAGCAGGGGAAGUGGAGCUGAGGAAGAAGAACACCCGUACGAGCUGUUGCUUACAGCAGAAACUAAAAAACCAGUUGCAGUGGACAGGAAAACAAAAGACCACAGGAGGAGCAGCGGCGGCCGCAGCCAGGACCCUGCUGACAGCCAGGACAUCCAGGUGCCAGAGCAGUUUUCAGGGUUGCUUCACGGUUCUUCUCCGAUCUGUGAGAUAAGUGAGGACCCUUUCAGGCUCGUUUCCUCUGCAGAGAAGGGGGACACAGAAGCUACAAGCCAUCCUGCUGCUAUGCAGCUGGAGGAUGCUGACUUACCUGUCUCGGGAUCAGUACGGACCAGCUCUCCGGACCAGGACCAGGCGGUGGUUUACGCCACAGUGCAGCACGCGCACGUCAGCCGGGCGGGUCCUGCAGCUGUAGUCACGCCCCACGUGCCGCAGCACCCCGGCGCUGCUGAGGAAGAGGGGGACAGAGCUGUGGGCAGGGCCCACCCGGGCAGCAAGCCCAAAGCCGAGCUCAAACUCAGCCGCAGCUUGUCAAAGUCGGACUCCGACCUGCUGACCUGCUCCCCGACAGAGGACGAUGCCAUGGGGAGCCGCAGUGAAUCGCUCUCCAACUGCAGCACUGGGAAGAAGCGACUGGAGAAGUCCCCAUCCUUUGCUUCGGAGUGGGAUGAGAUUGAGAAGAUCAUGAGUUCCAUUGGUGAAGGCAUUGACUUUUCCCAGGAGCAGCAGAGGAUCUCAGGUUCGCGGAUGCUGGAGCAGAGCGUCGGGGAGUGGCUGGAGUCCAUCGGCCUGCAGCAGUACGAGAGCAAGCUGCUCCUGAACGGCUUCGACGAUGUCCGCUUCCUGGGCUGUAAUGUCAUGGAAGAUCAGGACCUUCGCGACAUUGGGAUCGGUGACCCGCAGCACCGGCGGAAGCUGCUCCAGGCUGCUCGUUCCCUCCCGAAGUUGAAACCCCUGGGCUGUGAUGGGAACAGCCAGCCAUCAGUUCCUGCAUGGCUCGACUCCCUGGGGCUGCAGGAUUACAUCCAGUCCUUCCUCUCAAGUGGCUACAGCUCUAUCGACACUGUGAAAAACCUCUGGGAGCUUGAGAUAGUGAACGUACUGAAGGUGAACCUGCUCGGCCAUCGGAAGAGGAUCAUAGCCUCGCUGGCAGACAGACCGUACGAGGAGCCACCGGCCAAGCCGCCGCGGUUCUCACAGCUGAGAUGCCAGGACUUGAUGUCCCAGACGUCAUCGCCCUUGAGCCAGAAUGACUCCUGCACAGGCAGAUCUGCCGAUCUCCUGCUGCCCUCCGGGGAUACCAGCAAGAGGCAACACGACCGUGGCACUGAGGUUGCUCCCUACUCCAGAGCUGAGCGCUACAAAGCACAGGAGGACCGUCGGGAAUCCAAGCUGACCUUGCGCCCCCCUAGCCUGGCUGCCCCAUAUGCCCCAGUCCAAAACUGGCAGCACCAGCCAGAGAAGCUCAUCUUUGAGUCCUGCGGGUAUGAGGCCAACUACUUGGGCUCCAUGUUGAUCAAAGACCUCCGAGGGACAGAGUCUACACAGGAUGCUUGUGCCAAGAUGAGGAAAUCCACGGAGCACAUGAAGAAGGUCCCGACCAUAAUCCUGUCUAUCACAUACAAAGGGGUGAAGUUCAUCGACGCCUCCAACAAGAAUGUCAUUGCUGAGCACGAGAUCCGGAACAUCUCCUGUGCUGCUCAGGACCCCGAGGAUCUCUGCACAUUUGCCUACAUCACCAAGGAUCUGCAGACCAGCCACCACUACUGCCACGUCUUCAGCACUGUGGAUGUGAACCUGACAUACGAGAUCAUCCUCACGUUGGGGCAGGCGUUCGAAGUCGCCUACCAGCUGGCCCUCCAAGCCCAGAGAGCAAAGCCUCUUGGUGCUGGAGCAGGAGAAAUGAUUGAAACAAAAUCUUCCAAACCAGUGCCUAAACCACGAGCUGGCAUGAGGAAAUCUGCGGUGCCGCUCCCUCCCGACACCCGCUGUUGUUACUGUCACACCUGUACAACACACCGCCCCUCCUACCUGCCGCUGCAGUCUGUUAGUCCUGGAGCGAAGCUGGAUCCCCCUGAAGUGGACCAAGACUCCCAGUCUCAUGCCAGUGUCUCCUGGGUCGUCGACCCCAAGCAGGACUCCAAGCGGACCCUCAGCACUAAGUAUGAGACCACUAUCUUCUAAAGCCAACACCCGCGUCCGCCCCGUCUAACCGUGCCUUUGCGAUCUGAUCUGUCCGCUCUGCUAAACUCCCUCUUCCUCCAGCUGCUCGCCCUGAGCCCGCGUAGGCACCACGUCCAAGGCAGCAGCACUUAGGAGACUGUAGACUUAAACAGCUUUUGUACCUGAUCGCUGCUGAACACUGUGAAUCUCCUUACUCGGAAACAAGGGUAACGCUGUAGCUGAAUGUGAGGCGGGAGGAGCAGAGGGCAGGCUGGGAGUCGGAGAUGUGGAUCCAGGAAAGCCGCCUGCCAUUUUCACGUCUUCCCCCUCGCUCUGGCACUGUGAAUCCCUGGGGCAAUGUGACACUCCCCAGGCCUUUUUUUCUAUCUCACCUUGUCCUUGGACUGACGGAGACCUCUUGUCUCUGUGGUGCACACACUCCCUCCUCCUAGAUCCUCCUCUUCCCGACUGAACCACGGCUGUAUACUGUUCAGUGAACUCACCUCUCCUUCCCUGCCAGUCGAGUUGACACUAACCACUGUGAUGCUCUCUGCAAAUAACACGCGGGCACUCCAUUUCUCACGGUGACCCUUGCCCGCAGUCUCGCUUCUCAAAGCCCGGCGCAGAACCCGCUCUGCUGGGGGAGCGCUGGUUUAGGCUGGGUUCAUCGUUCCCACUGUGAGCUCUGUCCCCUCACAGAUGAGGGGGGGGGUUGGUUGCAUGCAUUUCAGUCCCUUGUAGGUUUUUCUUCAUCCCAUAGUCUCCUGUUUACACUCACCAGACUACUCGUGAGCUCUGGGCGUAGUUCUCAUGGGGCAGCCUGUGGUUAAGCUUCCAAAGGCACAUGUUGCUGUGAGCCCCGGUCUGGAGAGGGGAGGUGUGGGCUGGACACCGAAAGCACAGUUGGCAUCAGCAGAGAGAGGUCAGGGAACAGCCCUGGGUUAUUUGCUCCUCAUGUUAAGGGCAGCAGCAGCUUGUCUUGAGCUUUGCUAGGGCUUUGCAGCUGCUGCCUCGAAGCUUCCAUUUCCCCAGACUUGCAGUCAAAUCUGAUGUUUCAAAGUCUUUAUUUAGCUCUUUCUCAGGAAUGAGUUUGAUCUCCCAAGUCAUUUGUGACUUAAUGGCACUGAGUGGCAAACUGACUUCAGACUGAGGGCUGUGCUAGUGAGGAUCCAAGCGAGAGGACUAAAAGUGAAAGGAUUGUGUUGGAAAAAAAAGAAAAGGAAAGCUCAGUCUAGUACAUACAUUUCAUGUGCCACAGAGCCCCCAGUAUAGGGCCAGCACUGCAUAGGUGCUGCAGUGCCACCCUGCCAGCCCAGGCCUUGUGGACAGAACAUUGCUGUGCCUCAGGUACUCCCCAAGGUUGGGUUUGGGUUCCGUCAGCAAAAUCCCGUGCUGUAACAGUGCCCUAAGGUUUCUGUGUCCCUCAAAGAGAAACUGCCUCACUGGUGGGGGUGGCAGUGCAGUUUCUACGUGUGGGCAUUCACCAUGCAGCUGCCACACGUCUGCCCGACUUCAGAGGGUCUGAACUGUUCAUCCCCCUGCUCUCAGCUGGGAAGGGCAGGUUCCUCCGUACUUCCUAAAUCUGGGUCACUAGAGCAUGUGCCUUUCAAAGGGUGACCAAACCCAGCAGGGAUCACAGGCAGCCCUGCCCAAGCCACGACACUGCCAGUGUGUGUCCGUAGCCCUCACACUCGUGUCCCAUCUCUGGGGCCAUUCGCCUCAUCUUUCCCAGCACAUGUUUUUGUAUGACUUGGAAAUUCAUUCCAUUAUCUCCCUUUCUGUUUGCCUCUGCAAAGCUGAGCUCCAGGCAGCCGUCUCCUACCAUGGAAUAUAGUUACGGGCAGAGACCUGGGACACAGUGGCUGCUGACAUGAAGAUCAUCUCCCUCUGGCACAGGCAGCUGCCUUGGAGUGGGUGCGUGGCUGCUCGGUGAGGGCUCCCAGAGCAGAGGGGGAAGGGACUCAGCCCCCUCUGAGGAAAAACGCUCUCUCUUUUCCUAGCGAAGGAAACUUGAGACUUGGAGGCAGAGAGCGAUGUCACCUUUUCUAGUUUGAGACAAACGUCUCUCAACCUGUUUCUUUUUUAACUUGUGAAAUGACACGGAGCAAAUGCAGUUCACGGUUUCAAUGUAGCAUCACAGCUUUUUGUUGAGGAAAAAAAAAAAGAAAUAUUUACUGAGAAUCCCACAGUCCAGCGAGCAGUACGAUAGAAAGUCUUAGCAGGGGCAUGGUGUGCACAUCUCUGACGGUACUUACUUCGCUUCAGCUCUGGGUGAACAGGAGAGAACAUCAAAUUCUUGGAUAUUGCUUCCUCCCGUGUGAGAACCGUGUGGGGUAAGUCUGCAUCCUGUUCUCUGAGCCACUCCAUGCUUUUGUGGCAAAUGGAAGUAACUUGAGGAAAAGAGUCUGCAAAGGAUCUUUCCACCCAGAGCGGUUGUGGCCAAUAUCCCCAAUGGUACAAAGCUUCCUUAUCCCCUGAACUGUCGCGUUGCAAUACUUGACAUUUCUAUGGCAAGGACCCCGUUUCUUCCUAUUUCCGCACUGAAUUCCUGGGGACGACUCCCUCCUCCAGCCUCUGUGCACCUGUCUUGUUUUUAAAUGCAGUUAUGCCCUGAAGGGGUGGGGGUUUUUAAGUAUAUUCAGUUGUGAUUUAGCACUUUUUUGAUACUAGCUCAUUAUUUAAUUAGUGCAACAGUUUCAGAAGAUGAACAAAUAAGGAGUUAAAUUUUGGGCAUUACAGUGAAACAGUCCAUUCCCAAGGAUAAACCACAUGAACCUGAGAGUGGCUUGGCCCUGUGCAAGCCCAGUGUCCCCAAAGACACAACCUCGAAGGUGCUGUGUGCUUGCUUUUCUUUCGAAUUACAGAGUGUUUAACAGUGGUUUGGGCUGCGACUGACGUGUUUUCAGACUCUUCCCCUCAGGGGAGAAUAUUAAAAUAGUUCUGAUUUAAAUUCUUCAGAUGCAAAACGUAGCGCAGUGUGUCCAUUAUGAUCUUGUCAGGCCUUAUCAGGGCUGUGGGACCUGCUGCUGCAUGGAAACACUGUGCCCAGGUAAUUCCUGUUUAACUCCAAUUGCUGCUGUAUGUCAGGAUUUCCUUUAGUCUCUCUCACAGUGAGGCUGGGAGAGAAGUGAACCAUAAUCUUGAGGGCUUAGACCUGUAAAGGACUGGGAGGGAGAAGUGAAGAUUUUGGGUGAAGUUGAUGAAUUUAGGAAAUUUAACAUUCCUUGUUAUGCACAUGUCGCAAUUCAUACUGGUGUUAAGUGUAAAUAUUUGGUGUGUUGGCAACAAGUCUUUGGUGAGAUUGCAAAUUGAACCUCUGUUUGGGAGGUUUCUUUUCUGACACGUGAGCUUUUUGGAGGUUGGCUUGGAGAUGACAUGGUGAUGAAGACUCCAAUCUUCAGGGACUGGGCUCGGUGACCCUGGUGGUUCCAGCCCCGUGUGUAACCCUGUGGUUGUCUUUAGUGAUCCAGCCGUUCUUUAGCCAGAUACUCCCUUUCUCACCUGACAGAGCAGUUUUUUUAGCAGUUCAGUGCGGUGGGAUCUCUCAAGGGAGUCAGUGCUGGAGACUGACUCUGGGCCGUGCCAGUUGCUGGCUCCUGGCCGCGUUAACCCACCCACUGCACAGUAUUCGGGCUCUUCCUCCCUGCAGGGUUUUGUGGUAUCUGGAGGAAAGUGCCCCAAAUUUCUGGUGCUGAAUAUGACUUUGCAUCAAACUGCAUCUGCUGUAUUUACCUGCCUGGGAGAAGGUGGGGCUGCCCUGGGCCUUGUUCCCCUCUUUAAGGACAGAUCGUGUUUCACAGACUUUGGUUUGUGGGCUGAGCCCUCACUCAAGGCCAGCAAACAGAGAUGCUGAGUUUUGUCUUUUCUUAUAUAGGAGGGGAUGCUUUUGUUUUUUCAAAUUGAAGAUGCUUUAUCCUUUUUUAUUUUGUGUUUACAAAGAAAAAAAACAGCGCUAAUCUUAGCUGUUCAGCUGACUUUAAACUUGUUUUGGGAUUGUUCUUUUUAGAAGAAAUUAUGCAACCUUUUUGGGGUACAUGCCUGUCCCCCCUCCCAGGGAGAAGAUAUGGCACCUUCCAGGCUGUACCUGUCAUGAAUUCUGUACCUUCAGGAGGCUGCAGAGACACAGAGCAGAUGCCAAAUAGCACCCGAACACGUCCCAUUCUGUGUGCAGCUGAGGUGGAGCCGGUGCUUUAACGCUCCUUCCACCCACCUCGUAAGUUUCCAGCAGCAGCAUUUCCCUGGCUCUGCUCACAUCAGUUCCAUCCAUCAGAUCCGUGUUCUGGAGCUGGUACAGCGCUCACAACGCUGUCUUGUUGCAAAGGUCUCCCUUUUAGGUCUCGCACUGGUAUUACUUAAUUGCAUUUUUUUCCCAAAAGAAAGUACCUGUGCUGCUCUCACUAAGUCAACCCAGCUCAGACAUUUUUCUUGCCCACAGAAGAAUAACCUGGGAUUCCCUGACAGGGCAGAGACAGUCAAGUUCAGUUUGCAAUGUGGACAUUUUUGCUAAUUGUGAUGUAUGGCAGUGGGGCUGAUUUGUAUACAAAUGUUAUUUAAUCUGUCUGUAUUUUGAUACUUGAAUUUCCUUUUAUUUCCUGUAUAUACAAUUGUUAAUCUGUUCGAAUUUGUCUGAAUUUUAAACAUCUUGUGGUACCAAACGUAACCAAUCUGUGCAACAACAUAGACUGACCUCACUACAACAAGGCGAGAUUGUAAAUAUUCCUGGGCUUCCAGCAGUCGUUUUGUUGUUUUCAUAACUGUACAACUUAGAACAGACCGAAUUAAUAAACAACCUUAGACACGUG